AGAAGCAGGGUUUCUAUGGUGCAUACCAGCUGCAAGCCCUUGGAGGUGAUGAGACAUCUGGUGGGCAGGGUGGCGCUGGCAGUCUAUAUUUGUGGGCUCAAUGCAGACCUCAUUGCCCAUUUACAUCAUCGAGUUCCAGGCAUUUCUCCAAGACCCUGCAUCUUUCCCUUUAUCUACGCUGAUGCAUACCACUACAAUUGUAUCUCCAUUCACAGUGACUUUGCUUGGUGUUCUUUUGACGUGAACUUCCAAGGCAGAUGGCGAUAUUGCACUGCGGCAGAUCCUCCAAAAUGUACCUUUCCAUUCUACUUCAAAGGACAAGAGUUUCACUCGUGUACCAAGAAAGGCUAUGUUUUGGAUCGCAGUUGGUGUUCAUUGACGGAUGAUUAUGGAAAAGAUAAAAAAUGGAAGCAGUGUUCUCCUCUCAAUACAUAGAAAAUCCUUGAUGGUUUCAAGAUGAAGAAGUUACAGAUUCAAUAAGUGCCUCUCAAAAUAGAAUCCUAUCAUUUAGAAUCCCACCAGACUUAACUGAUCUGACAAAUAAAGAUUUUAUCUCUAUUCCA